AUGAAAACGUCUUAUAUCAUAUUUACUUUAUUAGAGUAUUUUUGCUUUAAUAAAGCGGUAGCUAAUCCAGUACAAAUAGAAGCACAAAGCCCUAUGCUUGGAGGUGUUGCACUAACUGGAGAUAGAUUGAGUCAAACACCAUUUCCUCAAUGGUUAACUGACUUUACUGGUAUGACCCAAUGGCCAGGACUGGAUCCACCUUAUAUUCCGCUUUCUUUUAUUGAUUUAAAAAAGGUUCCUAAUUAUAGUCCAUAUAGGCAAGGUCACUGUUUGAGAGUUCCUAGAGACUCCUGUUCCUUUGAUUGCCACGUUUGUUUGAGAUCAGAUGAUAUCGGUACAUGCAGUAAAUUAUCUCAGACAUUUGAUGAUGGUCCAUCCAGAGCUUCCAUUAAAUUGAUUGAUUCAUUAAAACAUAGGUCAACAUUUUUUGUCCUUGGAAUUAAUACCGUAAACAAUCCAGGUAUUUACCGUCAGUUAAUGAAAAAUGACCAUCUGAUUGGAACCCACAGCUGGUCACACAAGUUUUUACCAAGUCUAACUAAUGAAGAAAUUAUUGCACAAAUCCAGUGGUCAAUAUGGGCAAUGAAUGCUACGGGUGGUCAUUAUCCUAAAUGGUUUAGACCACCAUAUGGUGGAAUUGAUGAUAGAGUUAGAGCCAUAAUAAGACAGUUUGGUUUGCAAGCAGUUCUAUGGGACCGUGAUUCCUUUGAUUGGAGUUUAAUCUCGAACCGUCCUAUCAAAUCAGAAGAACAAAUAUAUCGUGAUGUGGAAGAAUGGACUAAGAUUGGUACAGGUUUGCUAUUGGAACACGAUGGUGUCGAUAAAACAGUUGAUGUGGGAAUAAACGUUAACAGGAUCAUAGGUGAAGAUCAAUUAACUGUUGCUGAAUGCGCAGGAGGAAUUGAUUAUAUCAGAAUAUUUCCUAUCGAUUAA